AUGAUGUCGCCGGCAGAUGAGGAGCGCGAUGUUGAUGCCGACUCGAGUCGCGACUCGGGGUCUGCGUGGGACGGCGUUAAGUUGCUGCCGUUCGCCGCGUCUGUCGGCGUGGGGCUCGCGACGUGGGCUUUAAUUCCAGUUCCUGAGGGGUUGACGGACCAAGCGUGGCAGCUGCUGGCCGUGUUCCUCACCACUAUAACGGGGCUGAUUCUCGGGCCGCUUCCCGUGGGCGCGUGGGCCUUCGUUUGCCUCUCCUUCGCUAUAAUCACAGGCACUCUCUCUUUCUCUGACGCCAUUAGCGCCAUGACCAACGAGGUCAUCUGGCUGAUCGUCAUCUCGUUCUUCUUUGCACGCGGAUUCGUCACCACGGGGCUUGGCGACCGCAUUGCCACUCUGUUCGUCAAGUGGUUCGGCAGCAGCACGCUGGGUCUCAGCUACGGGCUGGCAGCCAGUGAGGCCCUGCUAGCCCCAGCCAUGCCCAGCACCACGGCGCGAGCAGGGGGGGUGUUCCUCCCCAUCAUCGACUCUCUCUCCAAGCGCUUCGACAGCCGCCCGAAUGACCCCAGCAGCAAGAAGCUCGGCGCGUUCCUUGUUAUGACGCAACUGCAGGCCUCUGCUCACAGCAGCGCCAUGUUCCUCACUGGAGCCGGCCAGAACCUUCUCUGCAUGAAGCUAGCCCAGGAGAUGGGCGUGGCUAUUCCCAACGCCUUCUCCACGUGGAUGCACAUGGCCGUGCUGCCAGGCAUGCUGGGACUGGUAGUCACCCCCAUGCUCAUGUUCAAGGUGUUUGCUCCUGAGGUCAAAGAAACGCCAGAGGCGCCGGGGCUUGCAAAGAAGAGGCUUGAGGAGAUGGGGGCGGUGAGCGGGAAGGAGAUGAUCAUGAUUGGCACCAUGGGACUCGCGAUUACCAUGUGGAUCAUGGGAGAAUCACUCGGCAUCCCCAGUGUGGUAACGGCCAUGUCAGCACUUUCCCUCCUCCUGCUUUCGGGGGUUGUCUCGUGGUCCGACUGCCUCGCAGAGCGAUCAGCCUGGGACACCCUCAUGUGGUUCGCCGCUCUCAUUGCCAUGUCUGCCCAGCUUACCCACAUGGGUGUGGUGGGCUGGAUGGCUGAUGGGGUUGCGGGCGGGCUUGGGAUGGUCCCGGGGGGAUUCUGGCAGGGGAUAUGGCAACGGGGGGGAUGCUGGGGGAGGAGAUGGGGGGAGUGCCAGACGGCUCAUGUGGGGGCGCUGUAUGCGGCGUUCCUUGCUAUGCAGCUUGCUGCUGGUGUUCCUGGGGAGGUUGGUGCGUUUGCGCUGGCGUUGAAUACGAAUUUGUUUGGCGCGAUUACGCAUUAUAGCAGCGGGCAGGCAGCGCUGUAUUAUGGAGCUGGUUAUGUUAGUCUUCCCGACUUGUUCAAGAUUGGAGGCAUUUCUGCCAUUGUGAACCUGGUUCUUUGGACAUCGGUUUGUUCUAUUAUGUGGAAGCUCCAAGGAGUAUUCUAG